AUGUCGUCUUGGAAAUAUAGUAAAGAACGACUUUUAAAACAUGAAUAUUGUGCACAUAUUAUUAAUGCUAAAAAGGUUAUAUGUAUUUGUGGCAAAACAAUCAAACUUAAUAGGCGGUAUGAAGAAGAUUACUUAAAUCGUCAUGCAAAAAGCUCUGGCUGUAAAGCAAAAGAAGGUCAAAGGACAAUUUACAACUUUUUUAAACCUGUUCAAGUUGAAAAUAUGGAAAGUUCGGAAGAUGAAUUUGAUUCUAAUAUAUAUGAUAACAUGGAUGAUGAUGAUUUGUUACAAAUAGAUGAAAGUAGCGAUAGUGAUGACAAUAUUUCGAUUUCAUCUCUUAUUACUGAUAACGAUGAAACAAAUACAGAUCAGUAUUCAAAAAAACGCCAAAUGUGUAAAGGACUUCGAUCAGAACAAAUAUCCUCAUAUAUUAAACGUACUCCAGCACAAUUUGGCGGCUCAAGACGCAUUGAAAAUAUAGCAUGUGAAUUGUUUCCUAGAUUUUUAGGUAAAAGUUUCUCUCGCAAGAAGUUGAAUUUUGAAGAAAAAAGAAAAUUAAAUCGAACUUUGUAUGCUGAAUCAGUAUGGCAAAUAGAUAGAUCAUGCAAUUCCGUUCGUUCAAAAACAUGUAAUGGCUACGCUGAACAUGGAAAUAUUUGUAAUGAGUGCUGCUAUAUAAGAUCUGACAAGAGACUGUGUACAAAUAUUACUAAAAGAGUCCCAUCACCUGAGAAUGUUAAGUUUACCCCAAAAUAUUACUGGGAGGAUAAUGCAUUAAAAGAACAUCUUAAGAAUAAUCAUCUUCGGGACAUAUGGAAUUUACUUAAUGAUGAUAGUGAUUGUAAUAAUGGUAGCAAAAUAUGGAUUACUUUAGCUGACAAAGCACUUCAGGGUGCAUUUGAUUAUAAGCCAAUUUUUGUUGGGUUAUGUGAAGUUAUGAAUGAUGCAGCAGAGCAAAAAAUCAAAAAUAAGGGCAAACAAAAUAUUAAAUAUUCUGAAGAAUUUACUAACUUCUUAGUGAUCUUAGGAGAUUGUCUCACCAAUCCAGAUCUUUGCUAUGAAAAUGUUGCGAAAUUUAAACGCUUAAUUGAUACUAUUAAGUACAAUGGUCCAAUAGCUGCUAUGACAGAUAAUACAAAAUUAAAAUCAUGUUUAAGAUAUUCACCACAACUUGGAUGCAUUGUUGGUUCAAUUUUACCUAAUGAUCAAACAAAAGUAAUUAUCUAUGGCGAUAUUCCAAAAAUUAUCAAUAAUAUUAAAAAUCAAAUGGCAAUUGCUAAAGAUGUUCGUGCAUACAUUCUCCAAGUACCGCUACCCAAGUUUCCUCCAGUUGUGAUUGCUUUAAUUCCUAACAAAUCAAAAGAUACUGCUGAUGACAUUUCAAUAUUACAUAAAAAAUUAAUUCAAGAAAUUGCACCGCGUUUACAACUUCAUAUUUUGUCAAUUGGAUCAGAUGGAGCAAUUGUUGAAUUUCAAGCACAGGAAAAAAUACUUACAAUUCAAACACCAGAACAACUUUCUAUUCGUGAUAAUAGCUUAAAUAUUCAUUUUAGUUGUCCAAUUUUUAAUAAUGUUGGUCCUAUUAUUCUUGUACAGGAUCCAAAACAUGCAAAAAAAACUGCUCGCAAUGCUUUAAUGUCUGGAGCCCGUUUAUUGACAUUUGGAAAUUCAUCAGCUCGGUAUUCUCAUUUUCUCAAUCUUAUUGGACGUCAUGAUUCAAUUAUGUAUAAAAAUGAUGUUAUAAAAUUAGAUUGUCAAGAUGAUGCUGCAGCGUAUAGAACAUUUUGCUCUUCAAAUUUAAAACAAUGCUUGACCAUGGAUUAUAAAAUACAAUCUGAAAUGGAUGGUUUUUUUAUAUACCUAUUUGUGAUAGGUGAAAUUGUAGAUAGUUAUCUUAAUCGUAAUAUUACUCCUAUUGAAAGAAUAAGAAUGGCAAUGACUGGUUUUUUCUUCUUACACCUUUGGCAAUUCCAUAUUAAGACGCUUGCACAAAGAUAUCCUGAUUUUAUUACGAUAAACCAGAAUUUUUUGGCUGACCAAACAUUUUCAAUACUUACUUCUCUUUGUCAAUCAAUGGUUUUAUUAGUCAAGGCCCAUCUUGAAUAUUAUUCUCAAAUACCUUUAAUUCCUUGGAUGCAUGGUACUGAACCUUGUGAGCAUUUUUUUGGUGUAGCAAGACAAAUAAAUCCUGAUUUUAGCUUUGCAGAAAUCAUCCAAAUGCUACCAAAAAUAUCACAAUAUACAAAAGCACUUAGAAAUAAGAAACUAAAUUUUGAAAAAGGAAAAUCUGUUCGUGAAGAUAAACAAAUAUCACAAACUUUUCAUCAUUCACAACAUUUAGCAAGAGAACUUGCUGAAUUUCUUGGAAUGAUUCAGCCAUCUACCUUAUUAAUCAAUAACAAUACUCCUACAAUUUUUAUUGAUAUUAAUGAUGAAGAAAAUUUACAUGACAAUGAUGAAAGUGAACUAUCUGACGAUUGUGAAAUUGAUUUAUCUACAGCAAUUAACAAAGCCUCUUCCGAAAUACAAAAAAUUAAUGAACAAUUAGAAGAAAACCUUGAAAAUGAAUAG